UAAGAGGAGGGGAUACUUCAAAUACUGUCGCAUAUUUUUAAUUGUCUCAUUUACAGUCAUAAAUUUAGAAUGAUAAAAACGUUACAAUCGAAAGCUCAAUUGUCUCCUCAAUUUUCAAUUACCACCAUAUUAGCAGUCUAUUUCAAUCAAGUGAAGAUGAAAUACCUAAUCGGUCUGCUUAUCGCACAAUUAUUCCUAUUGACUUCUGCCUCUGUUCCCCUUGUUAUCAAUACAUGGAAUUUUCGGGAUGCCAAUUUUCAAGCAUGGAAAGCUCUCUAUUGGGAGGGUCGAACACCCCUAGAUGCCCUUGUUGCCGGAUGCAGUGCCUGUGAGAUUAAGCAAUGUGAUACUUCAGUGGGAUUUGGAGGUAGUCCAGAUGAACAGGGAAAUACAAGUCUAGAUGCUAUGAUAAUGGAUGGAAGAACAAUGAAUGUGGGAGCUGUGGCCAAUGUCAGAAAUGUGAAAAAUGUAAUAGGAGUAGCUCGGCAUGUCCUAGAAUACACUAGGCACACCCUCUUGGCCGGAGAUCAAGUAUCGGAAUUUGCACAGGAAAUGGGAUUUCCGCUUGAGUCUCUUCAGACGACAGCAUCUCGACAGCAGUGGCAAAAUUGGCUAGCCAACAAUUGUCAGCCAAAUUUCUGGGUGAAUGUUGUCCCUGAUUCUCGUACAUCAUGUGGUCCUUAUGAACCCAUGUGCAAAAAUUCCGUUGAAGAUUGCAUUGCACCGGGUAAUCGGGAAGAUUUUGAAAUUGGUCCUGAUAAUCAUGAUACAAUUGGAAUGAUUGUGAUUGGGAAAAACGGCCAUAUUGUUGCUGGUACAUCCACGAAUGGAGCUACUCAUAAGAUCCCUGGACGUGUUGGAGAUUCUCCAAUUCCAGGAGCAGGAGCCUAUGCAGAUGAUAAUGUUGGAGCCGCCACAGCUACUGGAGAUGGAGAUAUUAUGAUGAGAUUUCUACCUUCUCUCCUCGCAGUAGAAGACAUGAGAAAGGGAAUUGAACCAAGUAUAGCUGCAGAGAAUGCUCUUCGUCGCAUUGCUGAAUUUUAUCCCACAUUUUCCGGUGCUCUGAUUGCUGCAACAAAAGACGGACGAUAUGGUGCUUCUUGUUUUGGAUGGAAGAGUUUUCCGUAUGCAGUUACUGAUGAAGAUUUUAACGGAAGAACUACAACAUUUACCAUUGAAUGCUUCACAUUGAAUUGAUUUAAUGUUGUAAUGAACUCAUGCAUACAGUAGACUCUCUCUCAAUCGCGAAUAUGGGGCAAAAUGUCAUCCGGUUUAGCGAUAGAAUUGAGCGUCAAAGCCUUUGUAAAUUCCAUAAAAAGCGCUCAAUUAUAAAGAAUCACGAUAAAAUAGGAAGAACUACAGCGAAUUUGAGCGAUUUAGCUUCAUAAUUAAACGUGAAAAUUGUCAACAAAAUUUGUCGCCCGAUUGAAAAAGAGCCGAUUGAGUGAGAGUCUACUGUAGAUGAAUAAUAAAGCCAGAUAUUCCCCAUACCAUUAUUACUAAACUAAGUAAGUAAGGAAGUAAGGCUACAAAAGGCUACUUUUUGACAUACUUUAUCAAGAAUAAAGUUUGAUCUAUUUUAAUUUAGAUCCACAAUUUUUUCGUCUAUUUAAAUUACAUUACGUUAAAGCCCCACUCCCUGUAUUCAUAUAAGAAAAAUAUAAUAUCAAUAUAGCCGAUCAUCCUCAUCUUCCCCUAUUCCGUUAAAAACAAAUAUUUUCAAAUUAUUCAGUGGUGAGUUACCUUAUUUGAGUUACAGGGAAGGCAUUUUAAGAACAGUUUUGACAUUACUCUAUAAACAUAAAAAAAUAAAAUAUUGUUUUAGUGAAAAUGGGAAGCCUAGAAAAUCCACUAAUUCAUUGCCACACAAUUCGUGAUUUACUAAACAGACUAAAUAGAAUCUACAAUGAAGUGAUUGAUCAUGAAAAUACUCUGCCAAAAUGUGAAAUUUGUUGGCAAAAUCAUGCAGAAUUCAAUUCACUAAAAGCACAAUUAUUCUUCAUUGUGCAGGACAAUGCCACCGGAAAAAAGGAAGAACGCCCUGCUUUUGAGUAUGUCCAGCUAGAAAAUGAUCCUCAAAUUCAACCAUCGAUUAUUAUGAAAGAGGAACCUGAACUUAUCCUCGCAAACACUGAAAACUACCUAAGUGACAUAGAAUCAGAUGAUAUGAGAGAAAGUAACAUGGAACCCAUGGAACAUUCCGACUUACUGGAAGAAACAGAUAUUCUAGGUGAUAUCAAAUCGAAGGAGGAAAAGAUGACAUGUAGAUUUUGCUUCAAAAACUUCUAUAAUGAAGGGAGCCUAAAGGAGCAUAUGGCCAAUCAUGCAACAAGCGGACCAUUCAAUUGUUGUACUUGUGGAACUACAUUUGAAUCUGUGGACGAAUUAACAGAUCAUCUGCAGAGUCACAAAAAGUACAUAGAUUUGGGAUUAGGAAGCUCGACUAUGUAUACGAAUACGAUAAAAGUAGAACCAAACGCUCAGAGCACAAUCCAGAAAUCUCAAUUUGAUUGUGCAUUUUGCGGCAUGGAAUUCUCCAAAAAACGACAAAUAGUAACUCACUUACGUGUGCACAAACAACCGGAAAAUAGUAACAAAGCUUUAAAUAAAAAAGCUUUGGAAGGUAGAACCUGUGGAUAUUGUCAUAGGGGUUUCAAUACAUCCAAGGGAUUAAAGAAGCAUCUCGAGAUUUGUAAAAAGAAAAAAGAAUUUCUUAACAAGAAGGAAAAACCAUUGUAUUCUUGUAAGUUUUGCGAUAAAUCCUUCCGGAAUUCAAUAACAAUGGACAAUCACAUGGAAUAUCGCGAAGCUGCAAAUAUAAAUUGUGAUAUAUGCAAUAAGAAAUUCUGUAUACACUCAGAUCUGCAGAAUCAUCAGAAAACCGUGCACAGAAUGAAUGUUUCUCUGAAAUGUCAGUAUUGCAAAGAACAAUUUUUAAACUAUCGUCUCAUCUACAAACACCAUAGGGAGAUCCAUCCACGGGAACCCGUACCUCGAAGUCCACAUCUUUGUGAAUCAUGUGGUUUAUCAAUGAUGGAUUCAGCAGAGCUUAGUCGUCAUGCAAUGAGUUGUCAUAAUUCUAGUAAUAGACCAAAAUGCGAUGUUUGCAAAAAAAUAUUUGUUAAAGAGGCAGAACUAGAAGAGCACAAACGGAUUCAUAUACCAAUCUCUCAACUUCAGGAUCUCUAUCAAUGCGAUUUGUGUCCUAAGAAGUUUCGAAUGAAGAAAACUUUUCUGAAGCACAAGCGUCUUCAUGCAGAAAAUAAAAUUACUGAAAUGUUCUGUAAUGUUUGUGGAAAACGCUUCAUUAAUAUUGAAAAACUCCAAGAACACGAAUUGAAACAUGUUAAUGAAGCCCCCAGACUUAAAUGCGAUAUAUGUGGAUUUCAGUAUAAGGAUUUGAUACUCCUAAAUCAACAUCGAAAAAUUUAUCACAAUAUUUUCACUCAAAUGAUGCUGAACAUGAAACCGAGAAAGAAAUAAAACACGUUCACCCUUCA